AUGGCGUCCUUGGAUCGGGUGAAAGUGCUGGUGUUGGGGGACUCAGGUGUUGGGAAAUCUUCACUAGUCCAUCUCUUAUGCCAAAAUCAAGUGCUGGGAAAUCCAUCAUGGACUGUUGGCUGCUCGGUGGAUGUCAGAGUUCAUGACUACAAAGAAGGAACCCCAGAAGAGAAGGCUUACUACAUAGAAUUAUGGGAUGUUGGAGGCUCUGUGGGCAGUGCUAGCAGUGUGAAGAGCACACGGGCUGUAUUCUACAAUUCGGUGAAUGGUAUUAUAUUAGUGCAUGACUUAACAAAUAAGAAAUCAUCCCAAAACUUGUAUCGUUGGUCAUUGGAAGCUCUCAACAAGGACUUGGUACCCACCGGAGUCUUGGUAACAAAUGGAGAUUAUGAUCGGGAACAGUUUGCUGAUAACCAGAUACCACUCCUGGUAAUAGGGACUAAAUUGGACCAGAUUCAUGAAACCAAGCGCCAUGAAGUUUUAACUAGGACUGCUUUCUUGGCUGAGGAUUUCAAUGCAGAAGAAAUUAAUUUGGACUGCACAAAUCCACGGUACUUAGCUGCUGGUUCUUCCAACGCUGUCAAGCUCAGUCGGUUUUUUGAUAAGGUCAUAGAGAAGAGAUACUUUUUAAGAGAAGGUAAUCAGAUUCCAGGCUUUCCUGAUCGAAAGCGGUUUGGGGGAGGAACGCUGAAGAGCUUCCAUUACGACUGAGUUCCGCUCAUCCAUGGGCAGAGUGAGCCAGCAGAGCGCGGCUUUUCACAGCUCUCCUCCUGCUGUGUCAAGUAUUAACGCGCAGCCUUUUAACGAAAUCAUCUUAAAAUGCCUCCCGCUCUAAUGGGGAAAAAAUGAAAGGAAGUGACAAUGUGGGAGGUCCAAAUUUUGUCCCCAUUCUCUCUGUCCCUCACCCUUCUGUCCCUGCCUAGAGAUUAUGUAAAAGCCUGGUGGAAAUAUGAGGUGUUGUCAAGAUGAAGCCAUAAAUGAGCAGUGACAGAGUGCUGCAGAGAAAAUUUACUCUUGCCUGGAAUUGGAAGGUUUCUAUGGGUCUGUAAUUUUCCCACCCUCCUUGCUGAAAGCUUAAUUAAGUAGCUCAAAAUGUAUCUCUAUUGUUUUACCUUCCUGAGGCGAAGGGUUAUGUUAACCAGCCCUGAGUUGUCCACCCCAAACAAUCUCUGUCAUUUUCCAAGAAGCCAAGCGGUGUUAUUUAAUUGUCUCCACCUUCAUCACACACAGGGAUGCCUAAUAAUAGCAACCCUUGUAUGCCUCUCCUCUCCUUUGCAAAUGGCUCGGUGGCUGGAAGAGGCGGACUAAUAGCUGGAGUUAAAUAUAUAUACAGAUUAAUAAUACAUAGGGAACAGCGGUCCCAGAAAAGAAGAAUUCUGUGAGGAGCUGACAGCUCGCUACAUCCUUCACUCUUCAGGGUACAGCGCUCUGCCCUCUCGCACUGCUUUCCGAGUGGUGUUCGAAGACCCACUCAAGGGCGAUGAGAGAUUUAUAGCUUCUUUAUUUUUCCGGUUCAGAAGGAGAAGUCAAGUCUUGAAAUGGCAAAUGAAGAAUCUUAUUCUCUGUGUCAACAGUAUAUUCAUGGAGAGAAGUCCAAAUAAGCUCCACAGCAACAUAUGUCCAUGCCUCAUGAACUUGGAUUCCUGGAGGUUGUCAACACUCCAAUAAAGUACUUAAUAUCA